AGGAUAAUUUCCUUUAACGUUAAUAUGGAUAAUGAUAGCCGCCCUGUUAAACUUUUUGUUUCCAUGGUGUUUAGAAAAUUUCAUAAGAACAUGCCAUCUGUGAGUUGUGACCAACCUAAUUCCCAUUCUUUUUCGCUUGGUGAUAUGAAGCUAAGUCAAACUUGCGAAAGAAAGCAAAAAAAGAAGCUCUGGGAACGAGAGUAAAAUUAAGGCAGCUAUAAUGCUUACAAGCUGAAUGCAUUAAUACUGUGUACUCCACAGAGAAAAAACAUAAUUAAUAAUCAAAAUAGCUACAUCGUUUUUCAAAGGGUGUCAAAGAAAUUACAAAAACUCACAAGAAAAGAUCUCUUUGCAGAUGCUGUUACUAGAUUUUACACCGCAUAAAACAACACCAUGAGGGUAUGGAAAUCUUCAAAACUUUUCUGCCUUCGUUUUACAAUCACAUUUGCAUUUUCAAUGACAUUCGCUUUGCUGUUUCAAUUUGCUGAAUCUCCGCAUCCCAAUGAUGUCUACAAAAGCAAAAUCGAGCUGGAAACUGCAAAGAAUGACGUCAUUAAAGCAUCAUGGGAAAAAUUUUGUAAACAACGGAACUUAACAUUAUCACUGGCGGACUAUAAACACCUCUUCGGCGAGUUAAAUAAUUUAAAGGAGAAAUUAAAUCGCUUGGAAAGUUUCGGAGCUGGUUGGUCAUUUUUAAAGUCUUUUUAUUUUACAGUUACGAUAAUAACAACUAUAGGCUAUGGCGACAUCACACCUAAAACAACUGCAGGCAUGUGGCUGGCCAUUUCAGCUGGAUUUCUCGGCGUUCCCAUCAUGCUUCUCACGUUAAAAAGUCUCGGAGAAUUUAUAAAUGACGUCAUUUUAAAAGUGUUAAAAUUGCUUGAAAAAACUUUAUUGAAGCGAUCGAAUGUGAAACAUCUUGAAAUCAAAAUGUUGAUCAUAACACUCCUCAUGAUGGUAACGUUACUUCUGAUUGGUGCAACACAUGAAAUGAAGCAAAAUGAUUGGUCAUUGUUGGAAGGUAUGACGUAAUUUUUU